CCUACUCUUAGCAGCUAGCAAAGCUGUUACUGCUGUUAAAAAAUUCCCCAAGUUGGGCACUGCAAAGCAAUUAGACGUUGGUGAUGGUGACGCCUGUCCAAAAUUCAAAUACUUAAUCUUCGAUGAAUCCCAAUAAUGGUGACUAUGGCCAAAUAUUUUGAAAUGGAGUUAAAAAAAUAAUCCUGGAGGGGCCAGAAGAGGGCACUUCUGAACAAUUUCCUAGGAGGGACAAGGUGUGGUAGUGUGCACUGUUGCCUUGGAUCCAGAGAUUCUGCAGUUGGUACAACUACGGCGAGGAAGUGUUUGCUCUUAUAUGCGCGCGCAGUGCGUCUCGUUGGUGCUAUGAGUCGAAGAAGCAAAUGGAGGACGGCUCCGUCGACGUCCAUGGCGGCGUUCCUCAGGUGCUGCGCGCUUGCAUUGCUCUGCGUGGGCAGUGCUGUCGUCGCCGUGGACGAACAGGGCGCGGCGCUGCUCGCGUGGAAGACAACGCUGCGUAACGGCCCUGGCGCGCUGGCAGACUGGAAGGCCGGUGACGCAUCCCCGUGCCGGUGGACCGGCGUGGCGUGCAAUGCUGGCGGCGGCGUCACCGAGCUGAGCCUGCAGUUCGUGGACCUGCUAGGAGGCGUCCCGGCCAACCUGGCCGGCGCCGUGGGCAGCACGCUGACCCGACUCGUCCUCACUGGCACGAACCUGACAGGUCCCAUCCCGCCGGAGCUCGGCGCGCUGCCGGCGCUGGCGCACCUCGACCUCAGCAACAAUGCCCUCACGGGGUCGAUACCGGCCGGGCUGUGCCGGACGGGGAGCAAGCUCGAGACGCUGUACCUCAACGCCAACCGCCUGGAGGGCGCCAUCCCGGAUGCCAUCGGCAACCUCACGUCUCUCCGGGAGCUCAUCAUCUACGACAACCAGCUCGCCGGCAGGAUUCCAGGGGCCAUCGGCCGGAUGGCCAGCCUGGAGGUGCUCCGUGGCGGCGGCAACAAGAAUCUCCACGGCGCGCUCCCCACGGAGAUCGGGGACUGUUCCAGCCUCACCAUGCUCGGCCUCGCCGAGACAAGCAUCACCGGCCCGCUCCCGGCGAGUCUCGGCCGGCUCAAGAACCUCACCACGGUGGCCAUCUACACGACGCUGCUCUCCGGCCCGAUUCCGGCGGAGCUCGGCCGGUGCAGCAGCCUGGAGAACAUUUACCUCUACGAGAACGCGCUGUCCGGGUCCAUCCCGGCACAGCUCGGCGGGCUCAAGAAGCUCAAGAACCUGCUGUUGUGGCAGAACCAGCUCGUCGGCAUCAUCCCGCCGGAGCUCGGGUCGUGCAGCGAGCUCGCUGUGAUCGACCUGUCGCUCAACGGGCUCACUGGCCGCAUCCCGGCGUCGCUCGGGAAGAUUUCCUCGCUGCAGGAGCUGCAGCUCAGCGCGAACAAGCUCUCCGGCACGGUGCCCCCGGAGCUCGCUCGGUGCAGCAACCUCACCGACCUGGAGCUCGACAAUAACCAGAUCACGGGCGCCAUCCCUGCCGAGCUCGGCGGCCUCCCAGCGUUGCGCAUGCUGUACCUGUGGGCCAACCAGCUGACCGGAACCAUCCCGCCGGAGCUCGGCCAGUGCACCAGCCUCGAGUCUCUCGACCUGUCCACCAAUGCUCUGACCGGGCCGAUCCCGCCGUCGCUCUUCCGGCUCCCACGGCUAUCCAAGAUGCUGCUCAUCAACAACCAACUCUCCGGCCAGUUGCCACCGGAGAUCGGCAAUUGCACGUCCCUUGACCGUUUCCGGGCAAGCGGCAACCACAUCGCUGGAGUGAUACCUCCGGAAAUCGGCAUGCUUGGGAAUCUGAGCUUCCUGGACCUCGGCUCAAACCGGCUCUCCGGCUACCUCCCGGCAGAGCUAUCCGGGUGCCGGAACCUCACCUUCUUGGAUCUGCACGACAAUGCCAUCGCUGGCGUGCUGCCGACAGGAAUCUUCAAAGAGUUGCUCUCGCUCCAGUACCUCGACCUCUCCUACAAUGCCAUCGGCGGCGCGCUCCCUUCAGACAUCGGCAUGCUCACUUCGCUGACGAAACUCAUCCUCAGCGGUAAUCGGCUGUCCGGGCCGAUACCACCGCAGAUCGGCUCGUGCUCCCGCCUCCAGCUCCUUGAUGUUGGCGGCAACUCGCUGUCGGGUCACAUACCGGGGAGCAUCGGCAAGAUUCCGGCGUUGGAGAUCACCCUUAACCUCAGCUGCAACAGCUUGUCUGGCGCGAUGCCGGCGGAGUUCGCUGGGCUCGUGAGGCUCGGGGUGCUCGACGUCUCUCACAACCAGCUCUCCGGCGAUCUGGAGACGCUGUCCGCGCUCCAGAACCUCGUGGCGCUCAACGUCUCCUUCAACGGCUUCUCGGGGCGGCUGCCGGAAACGGCGUUCUUCGCGAAGCUGCCUACAAGCGACGUCGAGGGCAACCGGGCGCUCUGCCUCUCGCGGUGCCCAGGCGACGCCAACGACCGCGAGCUCCAGGCGCGCCGCACCGCUCGUGUCGCGAUGGCCGUGUUGCUCUCCGCCCUCGUUGUCCUCCUCUUGGCCGCGGCACUCGUCCUGUUCGGGUGGCGCCGGCGUGGUGCGCUCACCAGCAGCGAUGAGAAGGACGGUGAGAUGUCGCCGCCGUGGGACGUCACGCUGUACCAGAAGCUUGACAUCGGUGUCGCCGAUGUGGUUCGCAGCCUCACUCCGGCGAACGUCAUCGGCCACGGGUGGUCCGGUGAGGUGUACCGCGCGAACGUCCCGUCAACAGGGGUCACGAUCGCCGUCAAGAAGUUCCAGUCGUGCGACGAGGCGUCCGUCGAGGCGUUCGCGUGCGAGGUGAGCGUGCUCCCGCGUGUCCGCCACCGCAACAUAGUCCGGCUUUUGGGAUGGGCGUCCAACCGGCGGACGCGCCUCCUCUUCUACGAAUACCUGCCGAACGGCACCCUCGGCGGCCUUCUGCAUGGAGCUGGCGCGACCGGCGCCUCUGUGGUGGAGUGGGAGGUGCGCCUCGCGAUCGCGGUCGGCGUGGCCGAGGGCCUGGCGUACCUCCACCACGACUGCGUGCCAGGGAUCAUCCACCGUGAUGUCAAGGCCGACAACAUCCUCCUCGGCGAUCGCUACGAGGCUUGCCUCGCCGACUUCGGCCUGGCCCGAGUUGCCGACGACGGCGCCAACUCGUCGCCUCCGCCGUUCGCCGGAUCCUAUGGCUACAUCGCUCCCGAGUACGGAUGUAUGACCAAGAUCACAACCAAGAGCGACGUGUACAGCUUCGGCGUGGUGCUGCUGGAGAUGAUCACCGGGCGGCGCACGCUGGACGCGGCGUUCGGCGAGGGGCAGAGCGUGGUGCAGUGGGUGCGCGACCACCUCUGCCGGAAGCGUGACCCAGCGGAGAUCGUCGACGCGAGGCUGCAGGGCCGGCCGGACACGCAGGUCCAGGAGAUGCUGCAGGCCCUCGGCAUCGCUCUGUUGUGCGCAAGCCCGCGGCCGGAGGACCGGCCGACCAUCAAGGACGUGGCGGCGCUGCUACGCGGCAUCCGGCAUGAGGACGGCGGUGAUGCACGGAAGGCCGGGAACAACGGAGGCGGGAGCGAGACGGAGGCCACGAAGAGGGCCGAUCCAAAGAAGCCCAUCUCGCCAACAAAACUGAUGGCUCUCACUAGACCGGUCCAAACCCAGGCCCAGGUCAAGGCCCGAGCGAGCUCGGGUUCGUUGGGCCUACUCAACGACCGUGAGUGAUGAUAGCCUGAGCCCUCAGGUGACUGGCCCCACUAGCAGUGUGAUGUUGACGAUGCAACAAAUUAGGGCGUGUGUACUUUCAGGGGGGCUUUAGAAAUGAUGUAAUCACUCUCCACUGUUAACAGAGUGCAAGGGGGUGCGUGUGAGUGUGUCGUUUUGCUAGGUGCACGCUCUUUAGGUACAAAGUGGCAUUUUUUCUAUAGGAAUUUAGUGACCAUAGGAUACCAUCUAUAGAUGGUCCAGGAGAGUCAUGACAGGUCAAUAAUUUUGUGUACCAUAAAAUGGGGUAUAAUGCAAUGGAAGUUAGUGUACAUUAUGCAAUUAAUAAUCA